AUGUUGAGGGCGUGUCUGUGUCCGAAGGAGCUGUAGUUAGAGGAAAUAUCAACUGAAAAGACAUAGAACAAUGCUCACUACAAGCACGGAGGCAUCCACUAUGAAGGCGGUUGAAACAGGGCCUCCAACUCAACCACACGCGAUAGUCGAGUCCAAGGAACUGCCGCAAAUGGAGCUGCCGUACCCCGAGAACGCUCUGGACACUGCCAUUGAGAAUAGCCAUGGCGUUGCUCUGCCGAUACCCGAGUCAACGCCUGUGUCUCGCAAGCGCGCCGAUUCUGUCAGCAGCUAUCAGUGCCCUACGCCUGUCACAGCCAGUGGGGGCAAGUCCCAAGUGGCUCUUGGGGGGGUCACGCGGCAGUUUGUUGCGCUCAUAAAGAAGGAACCAAACUGUAUCGUGGAUUUAAACGAAGCCGUAAAAAUACUCUGCGUGAAGAAGCGUCGUAUCUAUGACAUCACAAAUGUCUUAGAAGGCAUCGACCUGAUUGAGAAAGUCACAAAGAACAAAUUAAGAUGGAGAUUGGGGAAUGCCGAGAGCAUGAAAGAGGCGAAUAUCGCAUGCAACAACAUUCGAUCAGAAAAUUCGGAGCUGGAAUUAAUUGAGAAAGAACUCAAUCACCACACAGGCGUGUUGCACACAUACAUGACUGCACUCGCAAAUGAAGCUGGAGCGGAAGAUCUCCGGUAUUUGUCCUACCGCGACAUUAGAGAGGGCAUGGGCUUCAAUGCAGACGAUGACAUUUACUUCGCAAUUAAGGCUCCAGAGAACAUGACUCUCGAAAUACCUCACCCCGAGAGCUAUGCAGACCAGUCGCGAUCCCUCUAUCUGCGCAACGAGUUCGGUCAACGAAUUCCGGUGUAUAUAGGGGACGCUGAAAAGGAUAUAGGUAUUGAUCUGGAGCAAUACUACUCGGAAGUCGAGGAAAAACGAAUCCAGGAGGAAGCUUCAGAACAUCUGAACGGGGAAGAGGAACAUAGUCAACCGUACGAUGAGCACUACGAGGAUAUACAAUCAACACCAGCGUCCCGCUCAACUGUUGAUGACAAUAGAUUAAAUACCGAAUAUAAUCAAAUGGCUGACCGAUGCACGAACGACACACCAGCGCCAUCUGAAAAGACACAGCAUGAGGAAACAUUAUACAACCAGACACAACAUUAUGAUAGCACAGGCAAUUGCGAAGAUUCUCUGAAACGGGUUUAUGCGCAUCAACGUUCACACACAUCGGCAACCCCUACCUCGGCAACCCCUACCGCUACAAUACCGGAAUACCUGGAUAAUUCCCACAACCUGACUACCGAAGACACCCAGGCGACACAAACAUAUAAGCGUGUGAAAGUUGAGGCUCAGAAUGCACACUCAAUAAUCCCCGCAAAUUUAUCAAAUAUAAAACUCGACCAGGCCAAGGCAGGGGAGUGCACUGGCAGACUGCCAGCUGAUUCGGUACACCACCAAACUGCACCGUCUCCCGCCCUGUCUGGACUGUAUUACGCCGCAGCCUCUCAAGAAGCUGGGAAUACUUUGAAUACGUUGUCAUCGAACUCCAUUACAAUCGAGGAGCGUCCGCGUGCGGAAAGUCAACAAAAUAUAUUUCACACGGGCUUCAAAGGAAAUGUUCAUGAUAGCGAAGCGAAUGAAGCUGCCUCUACUCUAGAACAGGCAGCCAGAUCAAGCGGUACCCAACGGCACUCUCACAUACCGCUUGCAGCGCGUUACCAUCCGAAUUCAUUCACUCAAUCGAAAAUACACCGAGCACAUAGUAGUGAAGACACGCCCAGUGAUGGCUGGUAUCCGGCCGCGCCACAAAGUACGACUGGACAGCAACAUCCAUUACUUACAACUCAACACAAUACACAAAUCACCGGUACACUACAUACAUUACAGCCCGAGGUCAAGACUUACUCACCAGCACCUGAUGCCAGUCCAUCGUAUCAAAAUCACGUGCCAAAUGCAAAACAAUCUCUACGGGCACCCGCAGUCAAACCCGGAGUUGGCAUGCUCGGGUGUUUUGAUACAGGCGUGGGUGCCUUUGAAAACCAAACUGACAGUUUGUUUGAGAUUCCUGGGGGUAUCUUGUAUAGUGACUACAUGUUCGCUCUGGACCAAAACGAAGGCAUCGCCGAUUUCUAUGAUCUGAAAUUUUAGUAAUGAAUUAAACACCCUUCUCAC